AGGAGGAGGCAAAAAGAGGAGAGGUUUCACUCUGUGAGUCGAAAGGGGAGCUUCUCCUUCCAAAGUAUUUAUUUGGAAAUUGCCUCUAUAUGGAAAUCUGAAUUUCAAGAAUUGGCUGUGAGCUUCCCCUCUGCAUGAGACAAAUGGCCGCCUCAGCCCAAUGCAAUGUUCCCGAGCCUUAGCGACGGGGUUACCAUGCCGACACCUGCCGUCCCCAAGCAACUGGGCAUCCUCUGAGAAGCCUGGCACAUUAUGAGAGCACUUCCGCCCUCUGAGGUGGUUGCCGAACAAGUUUGGUGAUCUCUCCUGUAAGAGAUGCGUAGUAGGUGGAGCAACGUCGUCUUCCCCUUGCUGAUGGCGGCACUCGCCAGCGGCUGCUUGUGUCCGCCGGCCACCAUUUUGUCGGAGUUUCCCUCGGAGGUGCCCGUUGGGGUCUGCUGCCUCAACUACUCGGGUUCCACGCUGGGCCUGGUUCCCUGGUCUCAUCUGACCAACCACUCUGACCUUCGUAUUGUGGAUCUCUCCGGGUGCAACAUCACCUCCCUGGAGGUCUCGACCGUGGGGGCAUCUCUAUUGGAGAAAGUCUACUUAGCGCGGAACGGAAUUGCAGCUUUACCGCCUUACUUCCUGGCGGGACAGGCCCAGCUCGAAGUGCUAGACCUGAGCGGGAACUCGCUGGAGGAGCUCCCCGAGGGAUUCCUGCAGGACUCGAAUAACCUGCUACGGUUAGACCUGCAAGAGAACCGUCUGCGGUCCUUGCCGGCAUCGGUGCUCCAGAGGCCCGUCCUCAGGAGCCUGGAGCUAGACGGGAAUCCCUGGGAGUGCUCCUGCUCCUUCUUGGAAGUCCUGGAGGCGGAGGAGCUAGCAAGGAACCUGACAUGCGCGGCACCGUGGACCCUGGCAGGUCGGGCGGCGCACUCUGCCAAACUGAGGGAUGCAUGCCGGCCGGCCAGCCUGACCGUGCUCUUCAUCGCACUCCCAAUGGUCAUCCUCGCCACCCUACUGUUGUGCUGGUGCUGCGGGAGGAGGAGGAAGGUGGCCCUCACAUUCGGGGUAUCUAAGAAACGGAAUCCCAGCUACAGAGGCCCCAAGGUGGACAGCGGGCCGCCGCAGGAAUUGUCAGAUCCCGUCGGAGAAGGAAUCCCGAUCCCGGUUUCUAAGAUGGCGGGAAGCACCAAUGAAGACCAGGAACUCCCCCUGGGAUCCGUGGAGUCACUCCACUCAGGUUCCAAGGGGAGGAGCCACAGCAAGUCAGAACUGGACGCUGUUAGCGUGACAGAAGUUUUGAAAGAUUCAAACGACCGGGAGAAAGCGUACAUGACUCAGUCCACUGAAUACUACAGCCUGGUGCCGGGAAUCCAUCUGGACGACUCAGAUCAUGAGGGCUGACAAUGUAAAAUUCAUCUCCAUUUUUUUUUUCUUCCCUAAAAUGAUUUUGUAAAACUACGCUAAUCACUGGAAGUAGCACGAAGGAGUUGUUAGCACAUGUUCCUCACAUUUCUGAGGUUCAGAAUUAAAAACACCGCACUUGU